AUGCAACACCAUACUCAAAUAAAAGCUACCUUAAAAUCAUUGGAGGCCUUUUUUCUUUCUGAAAACCAUUUUCAAGAGACCAGUGAGAAUGCAGCGAUCGUACAAGCUUGUUUAGAGAGUUUGGGAACCUGCGAGUCUUUGAACCAUGUACCAGUGCCAUUGUUUAUGAACAUGGCCUUCAUUGAUCAUUGUUUUGCUUUAGGAGUAAACACGAAUCCACCCAUAAAUGACGAUCCAAACUUGACACUUUCGCGCGCUAUACUUUGGGAUACAGACCUCAUAAGUAGAUCUCUAAACAGAUUAUCGUGCAUCGAAAAGGAGAGAAUGGAAUGCUUUCGCUCAUCGACUUCAUCUACUGACAGGAAUGAUGAGCGUUUUGCCCAAGAAUGCAAUUUAAAUCUUGAGGCUAUCAGACUAUAUGCUGUGGCCAAGACAGGGGUUUUACGUUGGAUGACAUUUCACCUAUUAGAACAAAGGCAUGUCGAUUUUGCAACACUAUCAGAUUUUCUUGACAUAUGGUACACGGACAGCCCGUCCGAAAAGAAGGUAUUAGAAAAGAUUGCAUCCAUAGAUGAGAAAAAAAGGAUCAAAAAAAUCCAUCACUUCCAAUCCGAAAUGCCAUGGGUCAAUAUUCAUAGCAUCCUUGGACGUUAUCUGCUGUGUACCAAACUAGAAUUAGAGUUAUUUCACGGUUACAAUUUUUAA